AUGAGUUCUCCAUGGAAAGUGAUGGAUCCCAAUCUGGCUGAUAUGCAUCAGAUCGCCUCAUUUUUGGGUCUACACCGCGUUGCACUGUUUCUGAUUGCUGCUGUCAUCGUGCGUGUGCUCUACCGCCGGUACUGGUCGCCUAUUCGAGACGUCCCUGGGCCCUUUUGGGCUUCGUUUUCGAGUCUUUGGAGAGUGUAUCACGUCGUCAAAGGGCAUACGGAACAGCAAAUCCUCAAGCUACACAAGGAACAUGGUAUUGCCCAUCCAUUAUUGUUGCGAUGGAGGCUAGAAGAGAAGAUAACGUCUGGCACAAUAGGCGACUUUGUCCGCAUCGCCGAGAAUGAAAUCAGUGUUGCCCACCCCGACGCUGUCAAGCAGCUCCUCCACGCCAACCUGGCCAAGGGCACGUUCUACUCCGUCUUCUCUCUCCCCGAUUACCGCUAUGUCAAUCAGAUGUCCGAGUUGGACCCGACCCGACAUAUCCAGAAAACACGCAAUCUCUCCGCCGGCUUCUCCUUGUCAAACAUCACAAAGACAGAACCAUACAUCGACAGAUGCCUGAAGGUUCUUAGUAGACAGCUAGAUGGGCUUGCAGCCUCUGACGCCCCAGUGCACUUCCAAGACUGGUUCAGUUUCUUCGCGUUCGAUGUCCUCGGCGAGGUAACCUUCAGCAAGUCCUUUGGAUUCCUCCAAGAAGGGCUAGAUAUCCGCAAUGCGAUUGCGAAUACCGGUUCUCUUGUUUACUAUAUCUCUAUCAUGGGGAACUAUGUCUGGUUUCAUAACCUGACGCUCGGAAACCCGCUCGUUAGCCGGUUAGGUCUCCAACCGAACUCCCAUAUCUUCGAUACGUGUCUCCUGGCUAUUGACAGCCGCAAGAACAAUCCAGAGCUUCGACAUGACAUGAUGCAGCGUUGGCUGGACAUGCGGGCGUCUCAUCCAGAACGGAUGUCUGAGGAGGAUAUCUUUGGGGCCGCCGUCGCUAAUGUUGGAGCAGGUGCGGAGACGAUUAGUUCGACGGCGCAGGCGGUAAUCUACUACCUAUUGAAAAACCCACAGUAUCUGGCUACGGUCAGAAAAGAGCUUGAUGAGGCCCAGGCGAAGGGAGAACUCUCGGAUGUUAUCCAGUAUGGCGAGGCGACGAAGUUGCCAUUCUUGCAGGCUUGUUUGAAAGAAGCAUACCGCUUCCACCCUGGUGUUUGCCAUAAUCUGCCUCGUAUCUCACCCAAGGGGGGCAUGACGAUUGCAGGGCGAUAUUUCCCUGAAGGCGUCAUUCUAAGCGUCCACCCCUGGGUUAUACACCGCAACGCCGACAUUUUCGGUGCUGACUGCGAUACCUACAACCCCACCCGCUGGCUGCAAGGCGACACUAAGAGGAUGGACUAUUUCUUGAUCCACUGGGGUGCCGGCUACAACCAAUGCCCUGGCCGGAACCUGGCGCAAUUCGAGCUCUCCAAGGUCCUUGCAACUGUGCUGCGAGACUACGAUAUCAAACUCAUGAAUCCGAAGAGCGAGUGGCGCUUCGAGACUCGGUUCCUGGCAGUGCCGUAUGGGUGGCCGUGCCAGAUUCAGAGGAGGAAGCGGGGGAUGGUGCAGGUAGCUGCAUAG